AUGCCUACUCCUUUUUCCGUCGUCCCCGCGGUUUCCACCGCCACCUGUGCUGCAUCAGCUCUUAACCAGGUUGCCACAUACUAUGGUCAAGGUGCAUACCAACAGCGUCUGAGCACGUUCUGUGCUGAAACCUCGCUGGAUAUUAUCAACGUUGGCUUUGUCGAUGUUUUUCCAGACGUCGGCCUGACCGGAUGGCCUGAGACCAACUUUGGCAACCAGUGUGAUGGAUCCUUCUUUGUGAAUGGAGAUGAGACUAGUGGCCUCCUCGCCAAUUGCCAUCAGAUCAUGGAAGACAUCCCCCUCUGCCAGGAUGCUGGAAAGAAGGUCUUCUUGUCUUUGGGAGGAAGCGCUCCUGCGUCCGGUCAGUACAUUGCAAGCAAGGACUCGGCCGAUGAUUUUGCCGACUGGAUCUGGGGUGCCUUUGGUCCAGUCACGCCGGAAUGGACAGCUGAUGGUCUUCCACGUCCCUUUGGCGACGUCGUCUUUGACGGUUUCGACUUGGAUAUCGAAUGGGGUACAGGAUUUGGAUACGGUUACCUGGCGAAGCGCCUGCGCCACAACUAUGAUACCUACCGUGACAGCAACCCAGAAUCCAAGAACUUCUACCUCUCUGCCGCUCCUCAGUGUUACCUUCUCGGCAAUCUUCUCACCGAGGCCAUUAGCUAUGCUCCUUUUGACUAUAUCUGGGUUCAGUUCUACAACAACCCGUCGUGCUCCGCAAACCUUUAUGCCGACGGCCUCCCAGGAUUCAAUUUCGAUGACUGGGUGUCUAUUAUCACGAGCGGCGCUAACCCGGAUGCCAAGCUCUUUGUUGGAUUGCCAGCAGAAGAGUCGGAAGCAAUUAGUGGCUACUACAUUGAUUCGGAAAGCAUUGAGUCGCUGGUCAAUAAGUACAUGAACAAGCACCCCAAGACUUUUGGUGGCGUCAUGUUGUGGGAAGCGACUGGAUCAUAUAACAAUACCGAUUCCAAGGGAAAUGUCUUUUCCCAAAGUGUCAAAAACAUACUAGUUGAUGCCGCAGAUGCGUUGUGCCCGCCUCCACCUCCGCCUCCACCUACUUCCACUUCGACAUCUGUGACAUCCACGUCAACUUCUACUAGCUCGACUAGCACUUCAACGACCAGCUCCACAACCAGUUCUUCAACGUCGACAACAACUAGCACGUCCUCUACAAGUUCCACCACGACUAGUACAUCUACUACUAGCUCAACAUCGACCUCAACUACUACAAGUUCCUCGUCGGCAACUUCUACAACCUCUUCAACGCAUAUAGUCUCGCCAACUUCCCGCAGCUCAACUCCCACUCCGUCGUCACGCCCAGUGGUGUCCACCCGUGCCUCAUCAAGCGCCGUGAUCUCGUCCACAUCGACCUCGUCGGCCCCAACCCGAACACCUAGUCGCUCUGUGACCCCAUCAGUCCGCCCAUCCAGCACUGCUGUCAUUCCAAAUGGAUCCACGUCAACCGGCACGCAUAGCUGCUCUGGACACUCUUCAAGUACAGCCGUUGUUCCUGCUGGUUCAUCCACCCCAAUUAGACCAUCUAGCCGCCCUGUGACCAUAUCGCCAAGUGCGUCCUCUAGUGCCGUCAUUCCAGCGGUUUCCUCAACUUCAACAGGAUCAAUUAGCCUGACCGCGUCGGCGAGUGUUUCUACCUCUACUACGGUCGUCGUCCCAGGCGGACAAUCUUCGUCGACUGUCAUCUCCCAGAGCUCAUCUAUUGGUGGUCAAUCUUCAACUGGCUUAGCAGCCACAGGAUCCAGUUCAGGAUCUUUGUCCGCAACUUCGGGACUAUCUGCACCGGGUAGCGGGAUCACGACUGCCCCUGUAACUGCCACUGCAACUGCCACCAAGACCGAGUCUUCUUCUUUGACCACCACAAUUGUUACUACUACAUAUGUCUACAUUUGCCCGACUGGGUUGGCUACCAGCACUAUCACCUAUACCGAGACAUUCUGCCCCUGCACCGCUACAGGCCACGCUUCUACCGCCUUGCCGUCUGGAUGGACUACCACUGUCACUGUCUGUACUGUGUGUGGGCCAAAGUCGACAACAGUGACACUUACUAUUCCGGCUGAAGUGACCGCAACUGCAACUGCAACUGCUGUACCAGGUUCUGGUUCCUCUGGUUCCUCUGGUUCCUCUGGCUCCUCUGGUUCCUCUGGCUCCUCUGGUUCCUCUGGCUCCUCUGGCUCCUCUGGCUCCUCUGGCUCCUCUGGCUCCUCUGGCUCCUCUGGCUCCUCUGGCUCCUCUGGCUCCUCUGGCUCCUCUGGCUCCUCUGGCUCCUCUGGCUCCUCCCCGGUACCUGGGUCCGGUUCUGGGUCCACUCCGGGAUCUGGCUCUCCAGGCUACUCCAAACCUGGCAGCGGUGGUAGCAUCGUUUCCGGGGUAGCUAAGCCGAGUGGACGCAUCUCAUCUUCAACCAUGAUCGUUUACCCCGUACAACCGACCGCAAGCUCCACUCAGACCGGCCUCAGCCCAGUCUUCACGGGCGCAGCCAGUCGCGCAAACCUUGCUCCAUUCUGUGGGAUGCUUGCACUUGUUGCUUCUCUUCUAUUCAUGCUUUAA